CACGCCCCCUCGCCCGCGGCCCCCUCCGCGCCUCUCUCCGCCGCCUCCUCUCGCUCGUCGGUCAGAGGGCCGGAGCGAGAAGAUGGCGAAGACGUACGAUUAUCUGUUCAAGCUGUUGCUGAUCGGCGACUCGGGCGUAGGCAAGACCUGCCUCCUGUUCCGCUUCUCUGAGGACGCCUUCAAUACCACCUUCAUCUCCACCAUCGGGAUUGAUUUUAAAAUCAGAACGAUAGAACUUGAUGGAAAGAAAAUUAAGCUUCAGAUUUGGGACACAGCAGGUCAGGAAAGAUUCCGAACAAUCACAACCGCGUACUAUAGAGGAGCCAUGGGAAUUAUGCUGGUCUAUGACAUCACUAAUGAAAAAUCCUUUGACAAUAUUAAGAACUGGAUCAGAAACAUUGAAGAGCAUGCCUCUUCAGACGUUGAAAGGAUGAUCCUGGGGAACAAGUGUGACAUGAAUGACAAAAGACAAGUGUCAAAAGAGAGAGGGGAGAAGUUAGCAAUUGACUAUGGGAUUAAAUUCUUGGAGACAAGUGCAAAAUCCAGUACAAAUGUAGAAGAGGCAUUUUUUACACUUGCACGAGAUAUAAUGACAAAACUCAACAGAAAAAUGAACGACAGCAAUUCAUCAGGGGCAGGUGGGCCAGUGAAGAUUACAGAAAACCGAUCCAAGAAGACCAGUUUCUUCCGCUGCUCACUGCUUUGAUGGACUCUUGGUUUCUGAGAGACUGCAACACACGAGUGGGCCCUUUCCUGCUUCUCUGAAAGCGUAGGUCACCCAGCCUCAGAGUCACACCCGGCUGUUGCUGAGAGCACCGUGAACUUAGAUCUCAACACGAUGCCUAGUGGAUUGUAGCCUCGAGGCCUAGCAAAAGAACAGGCUCCUUUUUCCAAAUGUGGAAGCAAUGAAGUGGAGACACACACAGGACCUAGCUGGUUUUUCUUUGUUUUAUCUCCUGUUGCAGAAGCUGCUAUCUUCUUUUCCCCUUUGCACGUCAGUGUUGGCCUUUCCCUAUGACAGCACAAUCUCAGACUCAUACUUGAGCACUUUUGUGCCAUGAAGUUCUAGACAGAUUUGUACAUUUGGCAGGUUUAAGAGACAACGGAACAUUAAGCAGAGGUUUAUAUACUAAAACUCUUUAGUUUUAGUUGGUCUGGUUCAUAUGGCCAA